UUGGCAUAAAUAACCAGAAUUUUGCUCAAAAAAUUCUCCUGAGAUUGGAAAGGUAUGCUUCACAGCUAGAAGAUACCGUUGCAGAACGAACUCAAGAGUUCAUUAAAGAGACCGAAGCCAACGAAGCCCUACUGCGCGAACUGCUCCCCAAACAAAUCGUACAACGGUUAAAAAAGGACACAGCAAUCGCGCCGGAAAGCUUUGAGUGUGUUUCCUUGCUGUUUUCAUAUACCACUGGAUUCAAUGAAUUUGUCGCCAAGAAUUCUGAUGUUCCGUUGAAUGUGGUGCGGUUUCUGGAUCACAUGUUUGUAUCAUUCGAUGACAUUGUCAGCUUGUACGAUGUGUACAAAGUGGAAACCAUUAACGACAGCUGUAUGGUUGCGAGUGGAUUACCAGAGCGCAACGAAGAUCGCCACGCAAAAGAGAUCUGUCAUUGCGCUUUGGGCUUUCGUAAAAAGUUUUUAGAUAUUGGAAAGUCGCACGAUUUGGCAAUCAAAAUAGGUAUCAACACAGGUCCUUGUGUCGCCGGAAUUGUUGGAAAGAAACGACCGCGAUACUGCUUAUUUGGUGACACCAUAAAUACCGCCUCUCGUGUUGCUUCAAACAACACAGACUGGACAAUUCAAAUAACCGCUACAACGUGGCUGUUAAUAAGGGAAACCAAUAUUUUGGCAGAGCAUCGCGGAAAAAUAUUUUUGAAGGGAAAGGGUGAAUGGGAAGUGUACUGCCUGUUAUAACGUUCUUACAUACAAUACAAGGCGCCAUCUCUGAUUGCCGAAUGUCGACACACGAUAGGAAACUUAUUAAUUACCUGCAAGCAGUGUGAUACAGACUGCAUUUAAAAUUUCAAAUUACUGGACAAAGAAGACAUUGGCAUACGGCUGCAUCAGCUCAAAUAUAUUCUGGAAUUCCUGAAAUUAUGAUGUCUGUUCUUUUUAUGGUGUCAUCGGGAAUUCCUUCACGCCUGUAGGCGUGCUCUUCUCAGGCUCAGGCUUUCUUCUCAGGCUAACCUAUUGUUUAUGUUUUGCUAUUUUUUUGUAAAGCCUUUGAUGUUUAGCAUU